AUGGUGUUGAAGGUUGGGUUGCCAAUUCAGACUGAAGACUUCUUAAAUAUUCAGUUUAAAGGAUUUCGAGGAAAGGAUGUUCAAAAAUAUGAGCCUAUUAUUCAACACUUGAAGCGGAUGAUCAAGUGUUAUAUCCUUGAAAUAACGAAAAUGGAUGUCGAGAUUGCUGGCGUUCUGAACAACAGGCCUAUUUUGAAGCCAAAUGAACAACCAGAAGACAUCGAGUACUUGAAGGCAAGGAGUAUUCGAAAGAAGCAUUGGAACAUUGUUUACAAGAGAAAGAAAGGUGAAGUUGUUCAGAACAACAUGUUUUUUAAGGGACAAACACCUAUACUCGUCAAUGACUCUCAAAACAAUCUUGUCCUCUGCUAA